GUGUGGUGUAUAGUGUGUAUUGCAUACAGUCACUUAAGCAGCACAAGCCAUUAAGUCUUCUUCCUUAAAUGCUUGUAUUUCCUUUCUCUUCUAACAUUUUUCCAUCAAAUUCUCAAUAAACAAAUUGUUCAUUCAUCAAAUUCCUCUAAAAUUUGAGAAUUGCCAAACGCAGAAGUCACUUUUCAAUUUUACCCAUCACCAGUUCUUGUCUUCCAGAUCGUUCUCCGGGUUUGCUUUGCCCCUUAAAAUUGUAUUUAACAAUCUUAAACCACAUUUCAUUUCAAUAAUUCUCUUUAAUUUUGCUUGCUCUUUUCAUUGGGAGAAAUAGAGAAGUUUAGAUAUGGCAAGUGGGAUAAUUCAAGCUCCAAUUUGUCAUGUUAAGAACAAGAAUUUCGAACUGGGUUUUGUAAAAGAUGUGGAUUUUGUGAAGAUUUCGAAUGUCAAGAGGGUCCACAAGUCUCCAAGAAGUAAAUUCUGUAUCAAUAACAGUUCAAACCCAGGAUCUGAUAUUGCUGAGCUUCAACCGGCUUCAGAAGGGAGCAGUUUGCUGGUACCUCGGCAAAAGUAUUGUGAAUUCCCGUAUAAAACUGUGAGGAGGAAGACAUGCACAGUAAUGGUAGGAAAUGUGGCCAUUGGGAGUGAACACCCGAUCAGGAUACAAACAAUGACGACAACAGAUACAAAAGAUAUUGCUGCAACAGUUGAACAGGUCAUGAAAAUUGCUGACAGUGGAGCAGAUAUUGUUCGAAUAACUGUACAAGGAAAGAAAGAGGCAGAUGCUUGUUUUGAAAUUAAGAAUACACUAGUUCAGAAAAACUAUAAUAUUCCCCUAGUGGCCGAUAUUCAUUUUGCUCCUUCUGUUGCUAUGCGUGUUGCUGAAUGCUUCGAAAAAAUCCGUGUUAAUCCAGGAAACUUUGCUGAUCGGAGGGCUCAGUUUGAGAAGCUAGAGUACACAGAGGAUGAUUAUCAGAAGGAACUUGAGCACAUAGAGCAGGUUUUUACUCCAUUGGUGGAAAAAUGUAAGAAGUAUGGUAGGGCAAUGCGUAUUGGGACAAACCAUGGAAGUCUCUCUGAUCGUAUAAUGAGCUAUUAUGGAGAUUCUCCUCGUGGAAUGGUCGAAUCUGCUUUUGAAUUUGCAAGAAUAUGCCGGAAAUUAGACUACCAUAAUUUUGUCUUUUCCAUGAAAGCGAGUAAUCCAGUUGUCAUGGUUCAAGCAUAUCGGUUAUUGGUUGCGGAAAUGUAUUUGCAAGGAUGGGAUUAUCCUCUGCACUUGGGAGUCACUGAAGCUGGCGAAGGUGAAGAUGGACGGAUGAAAUCUGCGAUUGGAAUUGGGACCCUUCUUCAGGACGGCUUGGGAGAUACGAUCAGGGUCUCUCUAACUGAACCACCGGAAGAGGAGAUAGACCCUUGCAGAAGGUUGGCAAACCUUGGAACAAAAGCAGCUGAACUUCAGCAAGGAGUGGCACCAUUUGAAGAAAAGCAUAGGCAUUAUUUUGACUUCCAACGUAGAAUUGGUCAAUUGCCAACACAGAAAGAGGGUGAAGAAGUGGACUACAGAGGUGUGCUACACCGUGAUGGUUCUGUUCUCAUGACUGUUUCCCUGGAUCAGUUGAAGACACCUGAACUUCUGUACAAGUCACUAGCUGCAAAGCUUAUCGUUGGCAUGCCUUUUAAGGAUUUGGCAACGGUAGAUUCCAUUAUACUAAGGGAACUUCCACCAAUAGAUGAUGCAGAUGCUAGGCUAGCUCUCAAGAGAUUAAUCGAUAUAAGUAUGGGAAUAAUUACCCCGUUGUCCGAGCAACUAACGAGACCCUUGCCUAAUGCAAUCGUCCUCGUUAACCUCAAGGAGCUCUCAACUGGUGCACACAAGCUUUUACCAGAAGGAACACGCUUGGUUGUGUCUCUGCGGGGUGAUGAACCCUAUGAUGAACUUGAUAUUCUCAAAAACAUAGAUGCGACAAUGAUUCUGCACAAACUACCUUUUACCGAAGAAAAAGUCGGCAGGGUUCACGCUGGUCGAAGGCUAUUUGAGUACCUAUCAGAUAAUUCUUUGAACUUCCCUGUAAUACACCAUAUCCAGUUCCCCUCCGGGAUUCACAGGGAUGACUUGGUCAUUCGUGCUGGUACCUAUGCUGGAACCCUUCUCGUAGACGGGCUUGGAGAUGGUAUUUUUCUGGAAGCUCCCGACCAAGACUUUGAAUUCCUUCGGAACACAUCUUUCAACUUGCUUCAAGGUUGCAGAAUGAGGAACACCAAAACGGAAUAUGUGUCAUGCCCAUCAUGUGGGAGGACACUUUUUGACCUACAAGAAAUAAGCGCACAAAUAAGAGAGAAGACAUCGCACUUACCCGGCGUUUCUAUCGCAAUCAUGGGUUGCAUUGUGAAUGGUCCCGGAGAAAUGGCUGAUGCCGACUUCGGAUAUGUUGGUGGCUCUCCUGGGAAAAUUGACCUCUAUGUCGGCAAGACUGUGUUGAAGAGAGGCAUUGCAAUGGAGCAGGCCACAGACGCGUUGAUUGACCUAAUUAAAGAACAUGGUCGAUGGGUAGAUCCUCCCAUGGAAGAGUAGACUCGACCUUGAUAGCAGAAAAUUUUGUAUAUCGCUCACCGCAAAGUAUUAGGAUUAGGACCACAUGGAAGGAACGCAUCGAUUGAAGUUUCAGUCCUGCUGAAUGCAGACGCUAUCGGUUUCGUAUAUAGAUGCCACAUUUUGAAGAAGGAACAUUGAACGAGUAUUAUUCUUAGUUUUCCAAAAAAAAACUCGCACCAUCUUAUGGUAGUAUAAGAAUUCUUCCAUGACAAUUUAUGGGCGUAAUGGCGUAGUGCUUAUCAGAAAUGAUUUGUAUAUGGCAGUGUAAAAUUACAGAUUCUAAUAAAGUAUCUGGACCUUUACAAA